AUGACAUCUCUGUGUGGAAUCAACAAUGGUGACCAAGAUGCAAGUCAACACUCGGCAGAAAAAGAGGACAAGGAGCAUCCUCGUGUACUUAUUCCUGAACUCUGCCGGCUUUUCUACCAGCUUGGAUGGGUUACAGGGACAGGCGGAGGAAUCAGUUUGAGAAGAGGAAAACACAUCUACAUUGCACCUUCAGGGGUCCAGAAAGAGAGAAUACAGCCAGAAGACAUGUUCGUUUGUGAUGUGGAGGAGCGCGACAUCAGCUGUCCGCCUGCCUGGAAGAAGUUAAAGAAGAGCCAAUGCACUCCACUCUUUAUGAACGCCUAUAGAAUGAGAGGUGCACAGGCAGUGAUUCACACACACUCCAAAGCUGCUGUCAUAGCAACCCUGCUCUAUCCUGGUAAGGAGUUCAGGAUAACACACCAGGAGAUGAUUAAGGGGAUCCGUAAAGGCACCAGCGGCACCAACUAUUGCUAUGAUGACACUUUGAUCGUUCCUAUCAUCGAGAAUACCCCAGAAGAAAAAGACUUGAAAGAUCGCAUGGCACGGGCUAUGGAGGAAUACCCCGACUCGUGUGCUGUCCUUGUUCGCAGGCAUGGAGUGUACGUGUGGGGCGAGUCAUGGGAAAAAGCCAAGACUAUGUGCGAAUGCUAUGACUACUUGUUUGACAUCGCUGUUCAGAUGAAGCAAUGUGGACUGGACCCUUCAAGUUUACCAGUAGAAGAGAAAGGAAUCGUUUGA